AUGGAAGAAAGAAUAUUAGUAGAUACUACAAAAGUUAAAGAAGGCCUAACUAUCGAACAAGAAAGGGGAAAAAGGGGAGAAAGAGGAGAAAGGGGAGAAAGGGGAGAAAGGGGAGAAAGGGGAGAAAGGGGAGAAAGGGGAGAAAGGGGAGAAAGGGGAGAAAGGGGAGAAAGGGGAGAAAGGGGAGAAAGGGGAGAAAGGGGAGAAAGGGGAGAAAUGGGAGAAAUGGGAGAAUGGAGAGAAAUGGGAGAAAGGGGAGAAAGGGGAGAAAGGGGAAAAAGGGGAGAAAGGGGAGAAAUGGGAAAAAGGGGAGAAAGGGGAGAAAUAGGAGAAAUAGGAGAAAUAGGAGAAAGGGGAGAAAGGAGAGAAAGGGGAGGAAGGGAAGAAAGGGCAGAAAGGGGAGAAAGGGGAGAAAGGGGAGAAAGGGGAGAAAGGGGAGAAAGGGGAGAAAGGGGAGAAAAGGAGAGAAAGGGGAGAAAGGGGGGACAUGGGAGACAGGGGAGAUAG